CUAAAGCUUGAGCUCUUCACCAGUUCAUUACUCAUCCCCUGACUUCUCUUGACUAUUGUUAGUGAAGACUUGAUUCUAGAAAACAAUUCUUAUUACCUGCUCUGAUGCAGAUCACCAACAAAUGACCAGGUUGUCUUGAGUCUUCCACCAGCAGAAAAUCAUAAGAGGAAAAGAUCAAGAUAUAUGGCCUCCUAAGCAUUUUGUGGUGAAAGAUGGAGCUGAUCAACGUGACCACCCUGUCAAACGCUUCAAACACAGAGCUGAGUCACUGUGACAGGCACUGCAGGAUAAUUCUCCUAUCACUGUACAGUGUGGUUUUGCUGGGAGGCGCUGCAGGGGCCAUUGCGAUGUCUUAUAUGAUGCUCAAAAGGAACAGCCAAUCAAUCGUCGCCACGAUUGUUCUCAACAUCAUCGUGCUUCACUCCAUCCUCCUGUUCAGCCUUCCCUUCCGCCUCAGCUAUUAUGUCUUAGUUGUCUGGGAGUUUGGAUCCUUCACCUGCCGAUUGGUUAGCAGCAUAAUAUAUGGUCAUAUGUAUUUCACCUUUGUUUUCUAUGUGGCCAUCAUCAUAAGUCGAUUGCUCAUGUAUUUUAAGAAACUCCAAACUCAGUUCCAAAAGUACCAUGUGGUGGUUUUAAGCAUUAUUAUUUGGAUGGUGGGCAGUGCCAUUUUUUUGCCAAUAUUUUUUUUACAAUAUGGCACCAAUCCAAGUUACUCAGAACGACAAUGUUUUGAGUUCUACAAAGACCUCAAACGUGAGGAGUUUAUUAUCUUGAACUACUCCAUGAUUGUCAUUAUGAUGACAACAGUUGUGAUCCUCUUUCUGAUACAGAUGUGGGUCAUUGUUCAACUGGUAAAAGUUCUUUGGCCAGACAUGUGGACCCAUCAAGAGUACAGAGCUCAAAUCAAGAGCUUCUUCUUCCUCCUCAUAAUAGUGGUUUGUUUUAUACCCCAUCAUGCCUUCCGGAUACACUUCAUUCAACAUUACUCAGAGACAGAAAAUUCUGAGUUAGUUCUUUAUAAUGAAAUUUUUGUUGCUUUAACUACAGCCUGUUGCCUGGAUAUGCUGUGUUUUGUAGGUGGUGUUAUCCAUUAAAUACGCCUAUGUUGCUUGCUUUGUGAUC